AUGAAUUAAAAUAAGAAAAACAGAGUCUUUUCAUUUCAAAUCAAAAACACUUCAGGAGUGCUAUCUGAAGUGUUCGAUAGCUAGUUAUCGACAGCCAGAUUCCAAGCUUUUGAAUAACCUCAAAGUCCAUUCAAACCGAACUUCUUUUUCUUGGAGAACGAACAAAUCUAAUCCCCCAGAAUGUCAACCCAAAGAUCUCUCUCCAGACUUCACAUAAAUUCGUUAAGUCCAAAGAACAGCUACAUUUAUUCAAGGAAGUCAAUACUAACACCCCAGUCUAUUACUUCUCAGUUAGGAAUGUUGUAUCAUUUUGAAAAGCAAUUGGCUGAUUGUCUAAAAUCCAACUACCAAAUAGGUGUCAUUGAAAGUCUGUUUAAUUUGAUGGUGAUUGCAGUUGAACAAGAUAACAUUGAUUUACUGAUCACUUUUAUGCGUUUAUGUGCAUUAACCUUUAUUUCAUUUCAAGAAUGGACAAAAGCACUUCUAUUUUUCCAGCAUUGUAAAUUUCUAAGCGAAUUCACUCGCCAACUAGAUGUGAUCUAAUGGACUUUCCUCCAAAUAGGAAUUCUAUGCAAAUACAUCAAAAAAUACGAUAUCGGAAAAAUAUUCAUCAAAAAAUCCUUGGAAUAUUCUUGGCUAGUAAAGGAUUUGGAUUAGGAGAUUAUUUGCUAUGAAGAGUUAGGCAAAUUGUGUUUUCUUAAUUAUGAAUUAUAGACAGCCAAGUCAUUGCAUGAGAAGAGCAUGAAGGGAAACUACGAGAAGGAACAGUCCUCUUUAAGAUAGGUAUCCAAAAAAGGAAUGGAACAGAUCUUAAACAUGUUUCCACAACAAGAAAAGAAACUAGGCCUACAUAUAUUCUCCAAGGCUGUUAAUUUUCCAUUGAAAUUUGUCUAAUGUUAAAAUUAGUAAUAUUUCUCAAAAAGAUCAGUAAAAAAUUAGUAUUUGAUAUCCAAUGAUUUUGAGUGUGUACCCAAUCAAAGGAUCAUUGAAAUUGAUCUUACUCUCGAAGACAUGUUACAAUCGUUUUUGAAGGGUGUUAACUUUUCAUUUGAAAUUCCAACUCCAAUAUCAGUAACUGAAGAGUAUGAAAGCAUCGCUGAAUACAAUUAAAUGCCUUCAAUAUAGAAAAUGAAAUAAACACAAUUGGCCACCAUAAUUAAAUUGCACUCCCAAAAAGCAAGUACCACUCAGAGAAGAGCUCCUAUUGUCAGAUUGGAUUAAUUUCAAUAGAAGCUUCCACUUGAACAAAUUAUUAAAUAACGAUUGGAAAUGAAAUUUGACAACUCUUAUACGAACAGAGAAAAAAUUAGAAAUCGAAAAUUCGCCAACAACUUAGAGUAAAUCAGGUUGACUCAUGAGAAGAAUGGGAUCGCUCUCAGCUUGGAGUACUAAAAGAGGGAACUAAUCAGAUAUGCUAAAAAAUUACUAAAUUAAUAAUAAAUUACUUUCAUAUGA